AUGGUACGGUUUCACCUGUCGACAACCGCUACAGCCACAGCUUCUCCACUCCACUACCAUGGCGUGGAACUGGUAGCACCAUUUCCACUUCUCUCACUAACUCCUCAUCAUCGUCAUCGCCACCAGUUUCAGCUCCCUUUUCCUUCCCUUUCCGCUUCCACAUCGUCGCCGAGGUGCUCGAGGCGCAAGCGAGCUAGCUGCUCUUGCAAGAUGACUGAUUCUCAAGGAAAGGCGACGCAACCCGCUGGCCGCGAUGUCCGUUCCGGCGACAUGAUUUUUCAGCCAAUCUUGGAGAAAGGCGUUUUCCGAUUCGAUUGCUCUGCCGAUGAUCGGGCUGCUGCUUUUCCUAGUGUUUCCUUCGUCAAUGCGAAGGAUAGGGAGACGCCGAUCACUAAUGCUGCUGAAGCAGUUCCUACGUUCAUCCCAACUUAUCAGUCUGGUUCGGAGAGCCAGACUGUCCAGCUUCAGCUGCCUGCUGGUACCUCUUUUUAUGGAAGUGGAGAAGUUAGUGGACAGCUUGAGAGGACUGGGAAGAGAGUUUUCACAUGGAACACAGAUGCAUGGGGUUAUGGUCCAGGAACUACAUCUUUGUACCAAUCACAUCCUUGGGUGUUGGCCGUUCUGCCAAAUGGAGAAGCAAUUGGAGUACUUGCAGACACCACCAAGCGUUGUGAGAUUGAUCUGAGCACUGAGUCAGUAAUUAAGUUCGUUGCUCCUUCCUUUUAUCCCAUCAUAUCUUUUGGUCCAUUUCCUUCACCGGCAGCUGUUUUGAGUUCUUUGUCCCAUGCAAUUGGGACUGUCUUCAUGCCUCCAAAGUGGUCUUUAGGCUAUCAUCAGUGCCGUUGGAGCUAUGAUUCAGAUUUGAGAGUUCGAGAGGUUGCCAAAACUUUCCGGGAGAAGGGCAUACCUUGUGAUGUCAUUUGGAUGGAUAUUGACUACAUGGAUGGUUUCCGAUGUUUCACAUUUGACAAGGAAUGCUUUCCAGCUCCAAGUUCUUUGGUGAAAGAUCUCCAUGAUAAUGGUUUCAAAGCAAUUUGGAUGCUUGACCCGGGUAUUAAGCAUGAACAGGGCUAUUUCAUAUAUGACAGUGGUUCCAAAAUUGACGGUUGGGUUCAAAAUACACAUGGACAGCCAUAUAUUGGGGAGGUGUGGCCUGGGCCUUGUGUUUUCCCAGACUUCACACAGUCCAAAGUUCGGUCCUGGUGGGCUAGUUUAGUCAGGGAUUUUAUUUCCAAUGGCGUUGAUGGUAUAUGGAAUGAUAUGAACGAGCCUGCAGUUUUCAAAACUGUGACUAAGACAAUGCCAGAGAGCAACGUCCAUAGAGGAGAUGAUGACCUUGGAGGUCGCCAGAAUCACUUGCAUUAUCACAAUGUGUAUGGCAUGCUCAUGGCAAGAUCAACAUUUGAAGGGAUGAAAUCAUCCAACGAAAACAAGCGUCCUUUUGUUCUUACAAGAGCUGGAUUUAUUGGUAGUCAAAGAUAUGCUGCUACUUGGACGGGAGAUAAUCUUUCCAACUGGGAGCAUUUGCAAAUGUCUAUCUCAAUGGUACUUCAGUUGGGUCUCAGUGGUCAGCCACUUUCAGGACCUGACCUUGGUGGGUUUGCUGGGAAUGCAACACCAAAGCUCUUUGGAAGGUGGAUGGGCAUAGGUGCUAUGUUUCCAUUUUGCCGUGGUCAUUCUGAAAAGGGUACGACAGAUCAUGAACCAUGGUCUUUCGGGGAAGAGUGUGAAGAAGUUUGCCGUCUGGCGCUGAGACGGCGUUAUCGUCUUCUACCACACAUAUAUACUCUCUUCUAUAUGUCCCACACAAUGGGUACACCGGUGGCCACCCCUACUUUUUUUGCUGACCCAAAAGAUCCAAGCUUACGGAAUCUUGAGAACUCUUUCUUGUUGGGUUCACUUCUUGUCUACUCAAGUACUGUUUCUGACCAGGCAACACAUGAAGUGAAGCAUAUUCUUCCACAUGGAAUCUGGAUGAGAUUUGAUUUUGACGAUGCACAUCUGGAUUUGCCAACCUUAUACUUGCAAGGUGGUUCAAUUGUUCCUUUGGGUCCUCCUUAUCAACAUGUUGGUGAAUCUAAUGUAUCAGACGACCUGACGAUCCUGGUAGCCUUGGAUGAAAAUGGGGGCGCACAAGGACAACUAUUUGAAGAUGAUGGUGAUAGUUACGAUUUCACUAAGGGGGAGUAUCUGCUGACACACUAUGUCGCAGAACUCAAAUCUUCAGUCGUUACUAUAAAGGUUUCAAAAACGGAAGGGUUAUGGAAAAGGCCCAGUCGUCGUUUGCAUGUGCAUCUAUUGCUGGGUGGGGGAGCAAAGCUUGUUGCACUGGGAAUGGAUGGGGAUGCUAUCCAAAUCGCAAUGCCAACAGCACGUGAUGUGUCUGAGUUGGUAUCCACUGGCGAGAAACAAUACCAAAAACGUCUAGAAAGCUCUAAGCCUAUUCCAGACGUGAAAGCGGAUACUGGGCCUAAGGGAGCUGAGCUUUCAAGGACUCCUGUGGAACUGAAAAGUGGAGACUGGUCUGUUCAAAUAGUUCCCUGGAUUGGCGGUAGAAUUAUUUCUAUGAAGCACCUUCCUUCUGGCACACAGUGGCUGCAUAGCAGGAUUGAUGUGGAUGGAUAUGAGGAGUAUAGUGGAACUGAGUACCGCUCUGCAGGAUGUUCUGAAGCAUACAGUGUUAUUGAGCGUGAUCUAGUGCAUGCAGGAGAAGAGGAAUCUCUGAUGUUAGAAGGUGACAUUGGUGGAGGAGUGAUUCUUCAGAGGCAUGUAUCAAUACUCAAGGACAGGCCACAGAUUCUUCAAAUUGAGUCCGGUAUUAUAGCUCGCAGUGUAGGUGCUGGAUCUGGUGGAUUUUCCAGGCUGGUUUGCUUGAGGGUACAUCCCACAUUUACUCUCUUGCACCCCACGGAAACUUUCAUCACAUUCACUUCCAUUGACGGCACAAAGCGUGAAAUUUGGCCGGACGCUGGGGAUCAGACCUAUCAAGGGAAUCAGCUUCCAAAUGGAGAAUGGAUGCUGGUGGACAAAUGCCUAGGCGUGGGGCUGGUUAAUCGGUUCAAGGUGGAAGAGGUAUACAAGUGUUAUAUCCAUUGGGGCACUGGAACGGUGAACUUGGAGCUGUGGUCGGAAGACAGGCCGGUCUCGAAGCAAUCCCCUCUGACGGUUUCUCAUCAGUACGAGGUAGCUAGAGUGGCCUCUUCUUAG